UUGACAUUGACGUUUCAUUUGACUGUUUCCGGUCUUUCAAGUUUUCUCAGCUCCCUUUGCAAUCAUGGCGGUGAACAACAUUUCUAAAAAGCGAAAAUUCGUCGGAGACGGAGUUUUCAAAGCGGAACUCAAUGAGUUCCUCACCCGGGAGCUUGCUGAAGAUGGGUACUCCGGCGUGGAGGUGCGUGUCACCCCAACCCGGUCAGAAAUCAUCAUUAUGGCGACCAGGACACAGAGCGUAUUGGGAGAGAAGGGCCGAAGAAUCCGUGAGCUAACCUCAGUUGUGCAAAAGAGGUUCAACAUUCCUGAGCAGUCUGUUGAGCUGUACGCUGAGAAGGUCGCCACUCGCGGUCUGUGCGCCAUCGCGCAAGCAGAGUCUUUGAGAUACAAACUCAUUGGAGGCCUUGCCGUCCGCCGUGCGUGUUAUGGUGUGUUGCGGUUCAUCAUGGAGUCUGGCGCUCGCGGCUGCGAGGUUGUGGUGUCGGGCAAGCUGCGCGGACAGAGAGCCAAGUCCAUGAAGUUUGUGGACGGGCUCAUGAUCCACUCAGGAGACCCCUGCAACGACUACGUCAACACUGCCACCAGGCACGUGCUGCUCAGGCAGGGAGUGCUCGGAAUUAAGGUGAAGAUAAUGUUGCCGUGGGACCAGCAAGGCAAGAACGGGCCGAAGAAGCCGCAGCCCGACCACAUCCUCGUGACGGAGCCCAAGGACGAGCCCGCGCCGCCGGAGCCCGUGUCCGACGUCCGCGCGCUGCAGCCGGCGCCGGCGCCUGUGGCUGUCACCGCUUAGACUAAGACAAUAUACUAAAAUCUGUA